UUAAUUCGUUCAAUUAAAAUGUCACUUGAAAAAGAAGUAGACAGUAUUGAAUCAAUUUUACAGAAAUUACCCGACAAGGAAUUCCGACAAGUGUGGAGAAUAUUAUAUGGAGACGGUGGACAAGACUUAGACGUAUCUGAGAAAUGCCUGAAGCUAGCGUCGAGGUACAAAUUGGAAUUGGUUAAGUAUAAAUUUAAUCAUGUAGUUGAACAACUUAGACCUCCUCGAUUAAUUAGAGUGGCACUAUUCCAACAAAAGCUACCGGUACCAUUAACUUUUCCAAUUUAUAAAGUGAAAACGGAAAUGUAUACUUUAGCAAUGGAUGCUGUGAAAGUAGCUGCCAAAGGUGGAGCGAAGAUAUUUAGUUUACAACAAGCUUGGAAUAUGCCGUACGCCUUUUGUAGCGGGGAAAAAAUGCCUUGGAGUGAAUAUGCGGAAAAAGCCGAAGAAGGGUCGACAACGAGAAUAUUACAGUCGCUAUCUCAAGAAAACAAUAUUGUUAUAAUAUCAACAAUCCUGGAACGAGACGAAAUAUUUGAGGAUCGAAUUUGGAACACAGCUAUAGUUAUAGAUAAUCAUGGACGAGUUUUAGGAAAACAAAGAAGGAAUCAUAUACCUUGUGUAGAAAAUUCCAAUGAGCCUACAUAUUACUGUGAAGGUGAUAGUGGACAUCCUGUUUUUGAGACUGAAUAUGGAAAAAUCGGUAUCAAUAUUUGCUAUGAGAGGCAUUAUCCACUGAGUUGGUUCGCGUUAGCUUUAAAUGGUGCAGAAAUCGUAUUUAAUCCAUGUGGAGCGAUUGGCGAAGAAGCUGAACUUCUAUGGGGUAUUGAAGCUCGCAAUGCUGCAAUAGCGAACGGUUAUUACGUGUGUACAGUAAAUAGAAUAGGAAUGGAAAUAUAUGAUCAUGAAUAUGAAGAUGAAGAGGGUAAUUUAAUACAUCACAAAGACUCCGGACUCUUCUUCGGAUCUAGUUAUGUGACUGCUCCAAAUGGAACAAGAUCCCCGGGUUUAUCAAGAACAAAAAACGGACUACUUAUAGCAGAGUUUGAUUUGAAUUUGUGCCGUCAAGUAAAAGAUAAUAGAGGAAUUGGGCACACGCACAUGCUACCCAAAUAUAGAGAUCUUCUUUUACAAGCCACAAAUUCAGAUUUUAAGCCGCAAGUUAUCAAAAAACACUGCCAUUGUUAUUCUAUAUAAAAAUUCAUUAUUUGGAAUGAAGGAAAAUAAAUUUUUCUUCUAAU